CCCUAUAUCCGGUGUCCGCCCGCCCUCGGCUCCGCCGCUGCCGCGAUGCUGUCCCGAUCACGCUGCGUCUCCCGGGCGUUCAGCCUCUCGCUCUCCGCCUUCCAGAAGGGGAACUGCCCUCUAGGGAGACGUUCCCUGCCUGGGGUUUCUUUUUAUCAGGGACCAGGUUACCCUGACAGCAGGAAGAUUGCCAUUAACAACAGUAGUGUCUUCAAUGUUCGCUUCUUCAGAACUACAGCUAUGUGCAAGGAUGAAGUGGUUACAGUCAAAACCCCAGCAUUUGCAGAAUCAGUCACAGAGGGAGAUGUUAGGUGGGAGAAAGCUGUUGGAGACACAGUUGCAGAGGAUGAAGUGGUUUGUGAGAUUGAAACUGACAAGACAUCUGUGCAGGUUCCAUCACCAGCAAAUGGCGUGAUUGAAGCUCUUUUGGUACCUGAUGGGGGAAAAGUCGAAGGAGGCACUCCUCUUUUCACACUCAGGAAAACUGGUGCUGCUCCUGCUAAGGCCAAGCCAGUUGAAGCUCCUGCUGCUGUAGCCCCAAAAGCAGAGCCUAUAGCAGCUCCUCCUCCCCCUGCAGCACCCAUACCCACUCAGAUGCCACCAGUGCCCUCCCCCUCACAGCCUCCUUCUAGCAAACCAGUGUCUGCAGUAAAACCCUCCGCAGUCCCUCCACUAGCUGAGCCAGGAGCUGGCAAAGGUCUGCGUUCAGAACAUCGGGAAAGAAUGAACAGGAUGCGGCAGCGCAUUGCUCAGCGUCUGAAGGAGGCCCAGAAUACAUGUGCAAUGUUGACUACUUUCAACGAGAUUGACAUGAGUAACAUCCAGGAGAUGAGGGCUCGGCACAGAGAUGCUUUUCUGAAGAAACAUAACUUCAAAUUAGGCUUUAUGUCGGCAUUUGUGAAGGCCUCAGCCUUUGCCUUACAGGAGCAGCCUGUUGUAAAUGCAGUGAUUGACGAUGCAAGCAAGGAGGUGGUGUAUAGGGAUUAUAUUGACAUCAGUGUUGCAGUGGCCACCCCACGGGGUCUGGUAGUUCCUGUCAUCAGGAAUGUGGAAGCUAUGAACUAUGCAGAUAUUGAACGAACCAUCAAUGAACUGGGAGAGAAGGCACGAAAGAAUGAACUUGCCAUUGAAGAUAUGGAUGGUGGUACUUUCACCAUUAGCAAUGGAGGUGUUUUUGGCUCACUGUUUGGAACACCCAUUAUUAACCCCCCUCAGUCUGCCAUCCUGGGUAUGCAUGGCAUCUUUGACAGGCCAGUGGCUGUGGGAGGCAAGGUGGAGGUGCGGCCCAUGAUGUACGUGGCACUGACUUAUGAUCACCGGCUGAUUGAUGGCAGAGAGGCCGUGACUUUCCUCCGCAAAAUCAAGGCAGCAGUAGAGGAUCCCAGAGUCCUCCUUCUGGACCUUUAGGAGGAAGCCACAUGCCCUACAAAUUGACCAUGCAGGAACUGAAAACCAGUCUUCUCCCUGUCCCCUCGAGGGUACUGGGUUAGCCUGGUGACAGGCAGGCACAUGCUGUUGGCCUCAAGCAAGGAAGCCAGGGCACUACGUAACCAGCAGUCACAGGUCUUUUCUUGGUGUUCCUGCCGGGCUCUCUCCCUCUCUGCACCCAUCUCUUACCCGCGAAUAUCUUAUUUCCUUAAGCUUGAGAGAGAAAGAGAGCCUUAACGGAUGCUCAUUAAUCCUGCCUUUUUUCCAUCAGCCCUCUGCAGAGAUGAUUUUGCUUCUUCCCAGUGCCCGUAUACUAUAGGGAAACCACCGGGGACCAUGUGAUUAAGUUUCUUUCUUUUGAAAGUCUGUUCUCCAGAGACACCCAAUAGGAUUUUGUGCCUCCCAAAGCCAGAGCAGCCUCUGUCCUGGCUGUGCACAUUCUUACUUGAUUCCACCUGUGUGGAGGUAUUGAACAUAGCAAGGUGCUGCUGCUUUGCUGCUUACAUGGCACCUUCAUUCUCAGCUGUUGUUGACUUCAAGAUGCCUCUUCUACCUCUUCCAGGAAGCACAGGCCAGAGGAUGGGGUUUUGGAGGUCUGGAGAGUGUUCAGUGGGAGGAGGGCAGAGUCCCCCUGAGGUCAUUUGUUGUAAUCAUAGAUGGGAACAGAACCCAGGCCUGCUGUCACUCUCCCACAUAGGCUCACACCAGGAAGACCCAUUUUGACAGUCACGCACAGCUGUGGUGGUGCCAACCCUUUCUAGGCUAUUAAGAACCAUUCUAGCACAUUGUUCUCAUUUAGAGCAGGUUCUGGCACAUCGUGGCAGUGGGACAGAGUAUGGUCACAACAAACGGCUGGAGCCUGGUAAAGCAUAGAGGGGAGAGGCUUCCUGUGGACUGGCUCAGAUUGACUUGAGCUUUUAAAUUCAAGUUGGUAUAAGCAUGUGGACUGAGAUGGCAGUUCUUUUCCUUCCUGCAUAAUGGCCUGGAGGAAGCUGGGCCUUGGCUAUCUGUUUGCAAGACACAGGUGUCAGGGGGGAUGUACUAUAGGGGAAACCAGCCUCGAGAUGUUAGUACAUAGUGGUGAAAUGGCUGAUGUCAUCUCUAAGGUACCGCCCUUGGGUCUGGGCAUAAUCAUUGGAAUUCCUUGGAGCAUGGUUAAAUAGCAAGUAUCUUCUGAAAGCUAUUGGGCUUCAACCUUUUGUAUCCAACUGCAUCCAGGCCUGAGGCUGCUGACACUGGACACCAGGGGGCAUUAGUUAGUGCAAAGUGCCCUUUUGUAUCUUGAGCCAAGAAGCAAGGCCUAGCGGGGAGGGAUUAGGGGGUGGGAGCCAAUACUGAGUGCCUGCAGCAUCUACUACUCUUCACUAUUCAGAACUUGUAACUAAAAUAUUUAAAGAAACUGAUUUUAAACACAAAUUAAAGGGCAAAUAUUCUCAAA